AUGGGUCACGAACAGUCGCCGGAGAACGGCCAUGAACAACAUCAGGAGGUUCCCGAGACCAGUGGGAAUGCCGAACAACCUGUGCAGAAGGUAACUAGAAGAAAUUUGGAUGACAUUCGAGAUUUUUUAUUUGGGUGACGUUUUAUACGAUAAAUUGUGUUUGAAGGUUUUAAUCGUAUAAAAUGCCGCUUAAAACUGAAAUUUUGAAAAUUGUUGUAAAAUACAAAAUACGUAAUUUGGAUUCGAUGACAUUCGAGAUUUUUUAUUCGGUGACGUUUUAUACGAUGAAUUGUGUUUGAAAGUUUUCAUCGUAUAAAAUGUCGCUUAAAACUGAAAUUUCGAAAAUUGUUGUAAAAUACGUAAUUUGGAUUCGAUGACAGUCGAGAUUUUUUAUUUUGGUGACUUUUAUACGAUGAAUUGUGCUUAAAGGUUUUCAUCGUAUAAAAUGUCGCUUAAAACUGCAAUUUCAAAAAUUUUUGUAAAAUACGCUCAUUUUUGAGAUUUUUUACUCGCACGUUCUUUUUCAAAAUAUAUUAUUGAAAGAUUUUUUUAAUUCGAGCAAAUCAAAUAUUAUCCAUGACACUUACGAAUUUCAGAAGCCCCAAGACCAGAACGCCACAUUUCUUCGUGCCGCCCGAGCCGGGAACCUUCCACAAGUCCUGGACUUUCUCCACAAUGGCGUCAACAUCAACACCUGCAACUCGAACGGACUCAACGCGCUGCAUUUGGCCUCGAAGGAGGGACACAACGAGGUGGUGCGCGAGUUGAUCCGCCGCGGCGCCGAGGUGGACUCGUCCACACGCAAGGGCAACACAGCCCUGCACAUUGCCUCUCUCGCCGGUCAAGACAUUAUCGUCACGAUUUUGGUGGAGAACGGAGCCAAUGUGAACGCUCAAAGUCUCAAUGGAUUCACUCCGUUGUAUAUGGCGGCCCAGGAAAACCACGAAAAUGUGGUGCGGUAUCUUUUGGCACACGGCGCGAAUCAAGCCCUCGCCACCGAGGACGGGUUCACUCCGCUGGCGGUGGCGCUACAACAGGGCCAUGACCGAGUUGUCGCCCUGCUUUUGGAGAACGAUAAUAGCAGCAAGGUGAAGUUGCCCGCGCUUCAUAUCGCCGCAAAAAAAGAUGACACAAGAGCUGCGACGCUGUUGCUCCAAAGCGAACAGAACCCCAAUGUCACAUCCAAAAGCGGCUUCACCCCAUUGCACAUUGCCGCCCACUACGGGAACGAGAACGUGGCCAGUUUGUUGAUUGAAAAAGGCGCCGACGUGAAUCACAAGGCCCGCCAUGACAUCACACCGUUGCAUGUGGCGGCGAAAUGGGGCAGAGUCAACCUGUGCAAGCUGUUGUUGGACAACGGCGCCACCAAAGACAGCCGAACCAGGGAUUUGUUGACCCCACUGCAUUGCGCGGCCAGAUCCGGACAUGAUCUUGUGGUAGACCUGCUACUCGAGAAUGACGCCCCGAUCAAUGCGAAAACCAAAAACGGCCUCGCACCUCUGCACAUGGCCGCGCAAGGAGACCAUGUGGAAUGCGCGAGGAUAUUACUUUAUCAUCAUGCACCUGUGGAUGAUGUCACGGUAGACUAUUUGACCCCGUUGCAUGUCGCCGCCCAUUGCGGACAUGUUCAAGCGGCCAAGCUGCUCCUCGACCGACAUGCCGACCCGAACGCCAGAGCCCUGAACGGCUUCACACCACUUCACAUUGCCUGCAAAAAGAAUCGCAUCAAGGUGGUGGAGUUGUUGCUAAAGUAUUACGCAUCUCUCGAGGCCACCACCGAGUCCGGACUCGCUCCACUCCAUGUCGCCUCUUUCAUGGGAUGUAUUAAUAUUGUCAUGUAUCUGAUCCAACAAGGAGCCAAGGUGGAUGUGGAGACGGUGAGAGGCGAAACCCCGCUGCAUCUCGCCGCACGAGCAAAUCAGACCGACAUUGUGCGAGUGCUGGUCCGAAAUGGAGCCAAUGUGAAUGCCAAGGCCAGAGAACUCCAAACCCCACUUCAUAUUGCUUGUAGACUAGGUAAGAAAUGACGUGGGUUACUGUAACAAAAGCCUUUUAUUCGAAUAACCAGGGCAAUAUAUAUGAUUGCGAGGCUAAGCUUGGAAAUUUCUUACUGUCAGACACAUUUUAUACGAUGAAAUAUGUCUGGGAAUUUUUUGUCGUAUAAGAUGUCGCUUUGAAGUGUUGCUGCAAAAAAUAAGAAACUUUUGGUAAAAUACGACAUUUUAUCGUUUUCGGCAUUUAGUUGCCGAACAUUUUAUACGAUAAAAUAUGCCUGGGAAUAUUUCGUCGUAUAUGAUGUCACUUUGAAGUGUUGCUACAAAAAAUAAGAAACUUAUGGUAAAAUACGAUAUUUGUCUCUUUCGACGUUGGUUGUCGGACAUUUUAUACGAUGAAUUGUGUCUAGAUACGUUUCAUCGUAUAAAGUCGCCGUUGGGGAUUACAAAUGAUUUUAAAAAUACGUCCUGGUUUAUAUUUGGAAUUUCACGCAAAAUUCUUUUCUGGGGGUACUGUACCAUCAUUUUUUUCUUGCAGGAAACACCGAUAUUGUCCUGAUCCUCCUCAACGCGAAAGCCGAUCCGAACGCCGCUUCCAAAGACGAAUACACUGCCCUGCACAUAGCCGCCAAGGAGGACAAGGAGGAGGUGGCGCAGAUCCUCCUCGACCACAACGCCAACCAACGCGCACUCACCAAGAAGGGCUUCACUCCGCUUCAUUUGGCCUCGAAAUACGGCAACUACGACGUCGCCAAACUGCUGCUGGAACGCGGCACACCGGUCGAUAUUGAAGGCAAGAACCAAGUGACGCCUCUGCAUGUCGCCGCUCACUACAAUAACGAUCGAGUCGCGCAACUUUUGCUGCAAAACGGAGCCGGCGCCCAAGCCACCGCCAAGAAUGGAUACACUCCGUUGCACAUCGCCGCCAAGAAGAAUCAAAUGGAAAUUGCCUCCUCUUUAUUGAGCUACAAAGCCGACCCCAACGCCACGAGCAAAGCCGGCUUCACGCCGCUUCAUUUGGCCGCCGAAUCGGGCCACAGCGAGAUGUCGGCGUUGCUGUUGGAGAACGGCUCCAAAGUGAAUGCGACCGCCAACAACGGCCUCACCCCUCUUCAUCUCUGCGCCCAAGAGGAUCAGGUCGACGCCGCACGAGUCCUUCUCGCCAACAAGGCCGAAGUGAACGCCAAAACCAAGGCCGGAUACACCCCACUGCAUGUGGCCUGUCAUUUCGGCCAACUCAACAUGGUCCGGCUCUUGAUGGAGCAUGGCGCGCUGGUAGGCUCGGAGACCUCCGCCGGCUACACACCACUUCAUCAGGCCGCCCAACAGGGCCACAACUCCGUUGUGAGGUACUUGCUCGAACAUGGAGCAAGUCCGAAUACAAAAACUGCGGUAAGUCAAGACAUCCGACAUUAUAUUAGGUUGAUGCAUAAUUAUCCGGCGUUUUUCAACAAAUUGCGCAAUUGGCUUUGUUUGUGAGGGGCCCAUCCAGCCAAUUUCCAUACCUUUCCAAGCUUUUUGAGACGUCGAACGAUCGUUGACUGUAUUCGUGUUGUCAAGCUUUCGUCGUGUUCCGCGACUGCCAGAAGUGCCUGAUCGUCGAACAUAAUAUGGCGAAUAUGACUAUAGUUUUCGACACUCAUGUUUAUUAACUAACUAGAGAAGAUUAUUUUUAUGCAAAAUAUAACAAAACGCCAAUUUUAACUAACAAAACGCGCCGAUAUAAACGCCGGAUAAUUAUGCAUCAACCUUAUAGGAGGUCACUUGUUAUUCAUGAAGAUUUGGGUGCGGAGAUUUCGUCCGAUUUUCUUAGUGUUUAGGCUGCAAAAAAUCGCUGAGAGUCCGAAAAUUGUUUUGCCGCGUAAUCCCCUGCGGGGAAAUAAACAAACCAUCGGAAUUCACUCGAAUAUGCAUUUGAAACGGGCAUUGACACAAAGAGUUGAUCCGCUGGUCUUUUUUCAGCUGGUUUUUUAUUCCAAUUCCGAUUUAUUCUGACCUACUGGGGGUAAUUUUAAGUUUAGAUCUAAUUUGGCAGUUGGAGAUUAAUUUUUUUUGGGAGAAAUACGGAGUUUAUUUUUUGGCGAAGUACCUCAACUGCGACUCUCAGAUUUUGAUGAAACUUGGCUCAAAUUUAGAAAAUUUUUUUCUAAAAUAUAUGUGAGAGUCCUAGCUCGCGAUUUGCAGAAACCAUCGAGAUUUUUAGAUCGAAAGACGGCGAAAAUUUAGGACUUUUUGCCGAAUUUCGGCACAAAAAGUUUCAUGCCUAUUUCUACCAUCGAUGGUAAUCUUUCCGCAAAAAAUCAUUUUUUUCCGCACGAAACUAACAAAGUUAUGGUCAAAUGCUUUUUUCUCUGACCGCUCUCCGCGUUUAGCGUACUCUCUCGGCUUCAAAGAUGGUUCAAUGUCUCGGCGGCGCCCGCAAAGCGCGAGCUAGAACUCUCAGGAAUUGAUAUUUAGUCUAUGCCCGACGUGUGUGCAAAAUUUAAAGAAAAUCUGGGCGUCGUAGGAGUUGAUAUUUGCAUGGGAAGUACUUCAAGUGAGAUAUUCUUUAAAUUUUAAUUUUUUUUGUACAUACGUCGGGAAUAGACUAAAUAUCAAUGCCUGAAAGUUUUAGCUCACGCUUUGCAGCCGCCGCCGAGAUAUUGAACGAUUUUUUCUGCCGAGCGAGUACAUUGAAUGUGGAGAGCGGUCAGAGAGAAAAACACUUUUUGACCAUAACUUUGUUAGUUUCGCGCGGAAAAAAAUGAUUUUUUGUGGAAGCAUUACCCUCUAUGGUAGGAAUAGGCAUGAAACUUUUUGUGCCGAAAUUCGGCAAAAAGUCCUAAAUUUUCGCUGACUUUCGAUCUAAAAACCUCGGUUGUUUCUGCAAAGCGCGAGCUAGGAUUCUCGAAUAUAUUUUAGAAAAAAAUAUACUAAAUUUGUGCCAAGUUUCAUCAAAAUCUGGGCGUCGCAUUUGGGGUACUACUUCCCUUAUAAAUUAUUUUUUUGGAUUUCAAACAGUUUCAUUAGACUCUGAAACAUAUGAAAAUCAAAAUCCGGCCCCUACGGCAGUCCACCGACAGUCCGUGACGUCCCACCAAGCCCCAUUGUUUUCCCCCCCGCCUGAUUUCCUCGGGGAUUGGCGACGGAAAUUUCAUGUCGUGACGGGGUUUUUUUGUGGUGCCAAAAUAAAUUGUGGGCUCUCCACGAAAAGAUUUUACGCCUUUUCGCUUCCGUCGCGAGUCAAAGGCACAGAAAAUUGGCUUUGAAAGGUGUUUUCGAUAUUGUUCUAGGGAGGGAAAUUGCGAAAUUUUUGAGACAAACCAAUGUCGUGGGGGCUUUGGCUUUUAGUUUUGUGAUUUUGUCACCAUUUGUUUUUAGUUUUUGCAAAAAAAUUGAAAAAAUUGUGAAAAACCAAAAUUUUUUUUUGUAAAUUACAGUAUCCCGACCGCCUAAAAAUGCCCAAAAAAUUGUUUUUUGAGCCCCAAAAAGACCUUGCGGAGUACUAUUUACCCAAAAAAAUUGAAAAAAAUCAAAAAAAAAAAUCGAAAAUAUCGAAAUUUUUUGUGUAAAUUACAGUACCCGACCCCCUCAAAAUUCCCCAAAAUUGUUUGUCGAUCCCAAAAAAACCUUAUUGAGUACUAUUUACCCAAAAAUUUUUAGUGGCUGGUCGAUUUUUGGACAAUAAAAUUAAUUUUUGGCCCCUGGAACAAUGAGUUUUCCAGUUGAACGCGCAAAAAUUCUCCUUUUUAUAUAAAAAAAAGUGUAUUUCCAAAAUAAAUGCACGGCAUAAACAGCCCAAAUUGAGGGUGAGGACCAUUUUCAGGAUUGAAAUUGAGUGCAUUAGCCCUGCGGGCAAUAUCGGAAUUUUGGGUUUAGUGGCAAUUUUUGAUAUAUAAUGGACGGCAGAGGCCGUGUGAUGCUUGGAAAUGAGAUCUAAAGUGAUUUUAGGGUAGCAGGGGACAUUUUAUACUGUGAAAUAUUCAUUUAGGCGGGAAAAAUUGAUCUUAUUUUAGGGUUUUUUUUUUAUUUUUUUUACAGGAGAUGCACCCAAAAUGCGACUCUUAGAUUUUGAUGAAACUUCGCACAAAUUUAGAAUAAUUUUUCCUAAAAGAUAUGCGAGAAUCCUAGCUCGCGUUUUGCAGAAACAACCGAGAUUUUUAUAUCGAAAGUCGGCGAAAAUUUUAGACUUUUUGUCGAAUUUCGGCACGAAAAGUUUCAUGCCUAUUUCUACCAUAGAUGGUAAUCUUUCCACAAAAAAUCAAUUUUUCCCGCACGAAACUAGCAAAGUUAUGGUCAAAAAAUGGUUUCUUUCUGACUGCUCUCCACGUUUUGCGUGUUCUCUCGGCGGCGAAGAUCGUUCAAUAUUUCGGCAGCGCUUUCAAAGCGCGAGCUAAAACUUUGAGGAAUUGAUAGUUAGUUGAUGACCUAUGUGUGUGCAAAAUUGAAAGAAAAUCAGAGCGUUGCACUUGGGGUACCACUAGGAGGUAUUUUGCUACAUUUUUGAUACUUCCCGGAUGCAAAAAGGUACAUUUUUUGCUGCUGGAUCAGGUCCGUCAUUGUACUUUUUGCGUUUUUUGUAAUGGUUUAUACCACAUUCGAAAUUUUUUUCUCAUUUUUAUUUUUUUGGAUCCUAAAAUUUCCAAAAAAUCCAGAAAAUUCUUCUUCUAUUGUAAUCAAUCGCUUGCAUGGUGCUCGCGGUUCUAAUUGAAUUAGUCCAAUUAGCCGAGCCCAGCGGAACAUAUGGGGCCUGCGAAAACAUUACACCCAAUGCUUUCAAUGGCUUCCACAUAAUUCGAUUAUCCCAACCCAAAUAGUUGACUUACAGCCUAAUUUUAGUGUCUAAAAUACGGUGAAAUUUGUGAUUUAUUUUCCCACAACACUAGUGGCAAUGAGGUGUUUCAUUUCACCGCAAAACAUUUUGUUUUCAGAACGGCCAAACCCCGCUGUCGAUCGCCCAAAGACUGGGCUACGUGAGCGUUGUGGAGACGCUGAAAACGGUCACCGAAACCACCGUAAUCACCGAGACCACCACCGUCACGGAGGAGCGAUACAAGCCGCAGAACCCGGAGCGCAUGAACGAGACCAUGUUCUCGGAUUCGGAGGACGAGGUGGACGAACAUCAACAGGCCCAACAGGAGCACGCCAAGGACUUUAAUGAGAGCAUUACGCAAGGCCUCAAGGACUCGGCGGUCAUCCAUUUGAUCCACACUGGAGAACAAGGAAAGAAUAGCACAUUUGACGCCACUGACGCCGAUUUGGACGCAGUGAUCAAGCGAGCGCAGGUUGGUUUUGGACUUGAUGAGAUUAGCCUUCAUGGUUUAGACAAGAUUUGAUUUUCUUGUUCGUAUAUUAAUAUAUAUCACACUUGUUAAACUUAAUUAGUGCACAAAAAGUCCUUUUGGGCCAUUUUGUCUUGACAGUUAAAGAAAUUUACUUUGGGGGACAUUUUAUACGGGGAAAAGUGUCCGGAAGUUUAGUCAUGUUUUACCGUAUAAAAUGUCACUAGACUGUAGUUGAAGACUGAAAAAUAUUCAUGAAGCCGCCUAGAUACCAAUUUAGAAUUUUUGGGACAAUAGGAGACAUUUUAUACGAGAAAAAGUGUCUGGAAGUUUAGUCAUGUUUUAUCGUAUAAAAUGUCACUAGAAUGUAGUGAUGACUGAAACAUCUUCAUAAAAUACGCCUAAUACCUAUCUAUUCUUUUAAGAUAUUAGAAGACAUUUUAUACGAUGAAAACUUCCGAAGAAGUUUUUGACACAUUUCAUCGUAUAAAAUGUCCAUGGCCUAUCUAAGAUAGAAAAUAUGACGUUUAAUGUUUAAGGCUGAACCUGUAACCACUGCCAUCCCUGACCCAACAAUUCUGGAUCACUCCACAGAUGAUAAUAUCAUCAUUGUCCGAGAUACCAUCCAGCCCAGGUAUGUUAUUAUAUUUUUCGCUUUUUUAGCAUGUCUAAUUCUUUCUGCUGAACGAUUUUUAUUUUCCAUUUAGUUUUGUCUUUCAUUGUCUUUAGUUUAAGACAAUUUUGAAAUCUUUCGCAGAUUUUCUUCGCCGCGAAAUAAAUCUUUCGCAGGUUUUCUUCGCUGCGAAAAAAAACUUUCGCAAAUUUAAAUCAUCGAAAAUUUGGUAGAGUAAAAAAAAUCUAGUUGUGUCGUGAUGUCUUACACUACUUUAUAAGCCAUCAGACUGCCUUUUAUUCAAUAAAUUUAUCGCUUUUUCACAUUUUUCGCUUUUUUCGCAAACUUCUAACUUCUUCUUUGAUUAACACCAUUUUUUCCGAUUUCCAGCAAGUUACACCUGAAGACGUAGGUUUUACAGACUUGGUUGGUUGGUGUGCGGUAAUCUUGUCCAUGUAUUUUGGAGAGUUUACUCGUCGCUUAACAAUAUUAGACUUGAUUUUAGGGCAAGAUGAAGCUAAAAGUUGACGUAGAUGUUGGGCUUUUGAUGUGUAGAAUAGCUAAAUCGACUGUGUAGAAGCUGAAAUCGUGGUUGCAUAAGUUGAGAGAUUAAUUUUUGAAAAUUUUGGGUCUUGAGACGAAAAUUGGCAUUCUGCAACAAGCCGCUAAAUUCGGGGUUUUUGAACGUGCGCUGCUGUGAAAUGAUUGCUAAACACGCUAACUGGUCUAUCGUCUAUAACACUACGCACUGUGUCUGAAAAUUUGUGGGAAAUUUAUAAAAUUAUCAAAAAAUGAUGACUUUUUGACGAAGAAGUGUCGAAAUUUUGUGUUUUUUGCCUAAAAGAGACGAAAACUUAUAUUCAAAUUGGUUGAAAAUAGAAUUUAUGAAAGUUUAGUAUAUAAGUGAUUAUAGCUAAUGCAAUUUCCCACUCAUUUUAGGCCUGAAUCUCCGUAUUUUCGUUGAUCUUUUGCCCGUUCUUGGCCCUAGUUGCUUACUGUGCAUUUUAGCUUCCUGAUCUCGUUCCUGGUGGACGCGCGCGGCGGUGCGAUGCGAGGCUGUCGUCAUUCGGGCGUCCGUGUCAUCAUUCCACCACGAAAAGCGGCCCAGCCAAUGCGGAUUACUUGUCGAUAUCUGCGCAAAGAAAAGCUGGCCCAUCCGCCGCCAUUGAGUGAGGGAGAGGCGCUGGCGUCGCGAAUCCUGGAGAUGGGACCGCAUAGUGCCAAGUUCUUGGGACCCGUCGUGUUGGAGGUGCCACACUUCGCAUCGUUGAGGGGGAGAGAAAGGGAAAUCGUGAUCUUGAGAUCGGAUGAUGGCCAACAUUGGAAAGAACAUCAAUUGGAGGCCACUGAAGAUGCUGUUCAGGAGGUAAAUUGCUUUUUUGUUAUUUUUGAGACUUUUUAUGACAUUAUUAGCUAAUUGUUGAUAUAAAAAAUGGAAAAUUUUGAGUAAUCCGAUAUUACUUUAGGCCAUUUUUGGCUUAAAAACGUGACUUUUUGCAUUUUUUUGGAUCGCGCGGCUCUGUAAUGGUUAGUAAAUAAUAUUAUGAGCUCUGAAAUGUAAUUUUAAAACAAAACAGUCUAUAAGGAUUACUGUAACAUCGAUGAAAUCCAAAAAAAUAGCAAAAAUCUUGUGUUCAGGUUCUCAACGAGUCCUUCGACGCCAACGAACUCAGCCAACUCGACGACCUACACACUUCUCGCAUCACUCGCAUCCUCACCAACGAUUUCCCCAUGUAUUUCGCGGUGGUGACGCGCGUCCGUCAAGAGGUUCAUUGCGUGGGCCCGGAAGGAGGAGUCAUUCUCUCUUCGGUGGUCCCCAAAGUCCAAGCCAUCUUCCCGGAUGGAAGUUUGACCAAGAUCAUCAAAGUCUCGGUUCAGGCGCAACCCGUACCCAACGAAAUUGUCACCAAAUUGCAUGGAAAUCGAGUCGCCGUUUCGCCGAUUGUUACGGUGGAGCCGAGGCGGAGAAAGUUCCAUAAACCCAUCACAUUGUGCAUCCCACUGCCGCAGUCUUCGAACAAGAGCAUGCUCACACAGUAUACUGGACAACCGGGGCAAGAGCCGCCGACUUUGAGGUAGGUUGGAGAGCGAGGGAAAGAGUUGACUCAUGCGGGUCAACUGUUUUCCCGGGGCUGGUAAUGGUCGGAAAUUGAUUGAAAUGGAUAAGGGGAAUUCAGUUGGUGAAUGGAAUUGUAUUUUAGAUGGUCUCCGGAAUUCUGAGGACUGAGGAGAACACUUGACACAUUUUGAGUCAAGUGUUCGCUUAGCGUGAAUCGGAAAUAAACCAAGUUAAAAAUGGGUUUUAAAAGCCGUAGAAAUCGUAGUUUGGAAGUGUGAAGGCUAUUACAACGUUUUGGCCUUUGAGGAGAACACUUGACACAUUUGGGUCAAGUGUUCUCCCAAAUGUGUCAAGUCUUCUCCUCGGCUGAAAAAUUAAGGAAUAGUACUUUGGACGAAAAUAUAAUGAUAAUUUGUUAAUUUCAGACUCCUAUGUUCGAUCACCGGAGGCUCAUCUCCCGCUCAAUGGGAAGAUAUCACCGGCACAACUCAACUGACCUUCACCGGCGAAGAAGUCAGUUUUACGACAACAGUGUCCGCCAGAUUCUGGUUAAUGGACUGCCAGACUCCCCGUGACGCCGCCCGGAUGGCGCAGGAAGUCUACAACGAAGCCAUCGCUGUUCCAUACAUGGCCAAGUUUGUCGCCUUUGCCCGGCGUCCGUUCCCAUUGGAAGGCCAACUCCGACUGUUCUGUAUGACCGAUGACAAGGAGGACAAGACGUUGGAGAAACAAGAAGGCUUUAUCGAAGUCGCCAGAAGCAGAGACGUCGAAGUUCUCGGCGGAAGACAUCAAUUCCUCGAGUUUGCCGGCAAUUUGGUUCCGAUCACGAAAAGUGGCGACCAAUUGGCCGUUUUCUUCUUGCCAUUCCAAGAAAACCGGCUGGCGUUCAAUUCGAAGGUACGAAAUACAAACUAGGAGUGAUAAGGGAAAUUUUGAGCCCAAAAGCUUAGGCAGAGAAAACGUGAAAAUGCAUAAAAUUUGACGUUUUUCCAGGUCCGUCAACCGGAUGAUCAGGAGGCCAGUGCGACCGGUCGAAUCGCUCUGAUGAAGGAGCCGAGAAUCAGAUCCGAGAACCUACCACCUCAGCAUCCCAUCUGCACCCUCAGCAUCACUUUGCCCGACUACAGAGGACCUUUGCCGGCCCUCAAACCAGCCGCAACUUCCCCAUUGGACCCGAUCCAAGCGCGCUAUCAAACCGCGUUGACCGGCUCCCCAACGGAGGGAGAUUUGGCCACACAAAUGGACUAUGUGGCCAAGAAGAUCCAUGGGGACUGGCAACGGCUGGCCAGGGCGCUGGGAAUCCACGACAGUGAUAUCCGGCAGAUCAAGAAGGAAAUGAGCGGACACGAAGCGCUCACAGCGCUGAAAAUCUGGGUCUUCUUGAAGGGAGAGGAAGCUACUGGUAAGUGAAGGGCUUUAGGAAGGGAGAUGAGCUUUUUGGAAUAGAAAAAUAGAGUAUUUAUUGAAGUUUUGGAUUAAAAUUAUAUUAAUUUAGACAAUUUUGGACUGAAUUUGGAUGAUUAUGCUAAAAAAGAUGAUUUUUUUUGCUAGACAGGUUUAAUUUCAAUUUUUAAACGUUUAACGCUCUAAUAUUCUAUUUCCAGUCCAAGAGCUUCACUCUGCCCUCCGACGGAUUGGCCGCGAUGACAUUGUUCACAAGCUUCUCCGCGGAGACUUGGACACCGACUCACUCCGACUCAUCGACCAAUCCACCUUCAAUCUGCGAGGAUCCCAAAGCAAUUCGCGCGCCGAUCUCGCCGAUCGCUCACGUAGGUUUCCAGUUUACGCUUCCCUUUGAUAUUAUCCGUAGCACAUCGAUCACAGGUACAGUAAGAGUAGGAAUUGCGGCGAUAGGUCGCAAUCUCACGGGCGGAACAUUGAAUGGGCGGUAAAAAUAUGUAAUUUUACGUUUGGAUAACAGUUUGAGAGAUUGCGGAGAGGUUUGGAGUUGGCAGGCUGCGCCCGAGAUUACGUUGGAAAUUGGUUUAAUGGUAUCGGAAUCUUUUAAAAAAAGUGUAGGAGUUGUAUUUCCGAAGAUUUUGAUACUACAAAAAUUUUGCGAUUGAUCUUUUCUUCGAAUUUUGAGAAAAUCCGAAAGCUCGGGCGCAGCUCGCCAAACUCGAAUUUCUCAAAAACCAAAAGGAAACUUACUGUAUUUUACUCACCAAUUAAUCCGAAAUUAACCUAGCCAUGUAAGAAAUCACCAAAAUUAACCAGUUCCAACGAAUUCACAUUCAAAAUCGACUACGAUAACAUAUGGUUUGCAGUGUGUGUGCUAUGAAUUUUUAACCAAACGCCGCCUAGAAUUUAGUCGAAUAAUCUCCCGUAAAAGUCUGAAGACUAUAGCAAUAGGUUUCAUAGGAGAUGUUUCCUUCAUUAGUAGUUAUUUUUAUGUUGGUUUGAAGUGGAAAUUUCCGUUUAUUUUUUUUAUGUUUUCUCCUUAAUUGAGACGGGUUUCACCUCCCAAUUUCAUGGGCUAUGGUUUUUACUCACACUGUCUGAAUUUUUAUUUUGUCGUCUAACGUUUAACUUCGGUUUUAUUCGUCUUCCUUCCGAGUCUUUGAUUUGGAAAAUUUGCGGUUCCCCAGGUUAACAAAAAUAAAAAAAUAUUAAAAAUUCACUGGAAAAAUAACAAAACUGAAAAUAACCUGAACAUGGGAUGAUGAGGUGAUGUGUAAGGAGUGGUAUUAACAGUAAAGUUACAUAUUUUUAGCGGGAAAAUUUUGUGUUCUUUGAGGGUUUUUGAGGUAGUAUCAAGUUUGAUGGAGAUGACGGGAAAAUUGAUGAUUGAAGGGUAAUAUAACCCGAAUAUCAUCAGAAAAACUAUAUUACAGGGAGAUAGAGGACCAUAGUGGACCAUAGUGUAGGUUAAAGAUAGCUUUUAUUCUAUGCUGUGACGUUUUAGAAAGCUUUUUUCCAAAAAAUAGUGAUUUUUGGGCAUUUUUUGAUUUUUGUUUAUAUCAUGUGCAAUAUCAGAGGUAUUAAGCUGAAAUUUUGUUGAAUUGUAGGCCAAAGAAUACUGUCUAGGAUUGCCCAGUAUCAAGCAGUUUUGAUUAGUAAGCUAGCAGCUUGAGCCAGUUCAUGUACUAUGCCUAUGCGUAUAUGAACUGGAAUAAAACAAGCUCUCUUUAUGAGAUUGAUUAGAAAAAUGUCGUUCAGAGGCUAGAUUAGAACAUAGUAGCUUUUACUGAGCAUGAUGAGACAUAAGUUACUGGGGUUACUACAGUUACCAGGGCAGAAAAACCCUUCGAAAAAUCUUCCACUUUCCCCUAACCCCAAAAAAAUCCAAAGGUUAUGCCACUCUUACAGUAGAAGGCGUCAAGAAAACCACAACAAUCACGAGAACGGAACGUCGCGUCCAUCGUCACGAAGGCUCGGAGCCGGUGGUCGAUGAGCGAGUGGUCACUCGGACUUACGGCGAUGACCAUGUUGACGUCGACGAGGUUGUCCACGAACAACACGGACUCCCGCUAAACGAAACCGAAGCCGAGCAUUGGAUGAGAGACCCGACUGAGCAUCCGGAGGCCGAGGAUCUGUUUAAUCGAAGCCGAGAGACUCAGAUCGUUCAACAAGUCGAGUUGACGCCAGAUGGCGUCAUUGAACGGCGAACUCUGAUCACACAGCAUGUUGUACCCGACAUUGCUCAACAACAAGAGGUAGAGCAUGAAUUUGUCGAGCAACCACAGGCCCAAGCCUAUCGAGACGGCAUCCCGGACGACGUGGAAAUGGAAGAUAGUAUUAUUGUUCAAGACGACCACGAUGAACAUGAGGAAUCGCUAUACAGCCCUCAAGAAUCAACGUCCAGAGCCGACGAACAUCAAGAAUCCCAAGAAGCUGAUAUUCCAGAAGUUGAGAUCCAACCGGAAUCUCCCGAAUCGCCGGAGGCUCUGGCUCAGAUCAGCCAACAUGAACAAGACGUACAGAAUCAAAAUACGAUCCAAGAUUAUAGCCCCGACGCCUUGCCCACCCCGGAUCUAGAGCAGACCCCGCAGGCCGACGACAUCGUCUCCCAUGCUCAGCCAGCACAGACCGCGUCCUCAUCCGGUAAUUUCAUAAAUUAGUUCAGCUCCCCUGUUUCCCCUUUUGUCAUCGUCUUCUCACUUCUGAACGCUUCUUGUGUCGUUUCAGCUGAUUUUGCGGUUUUUGGCUUUGGAGGAGAUGAGUGAAGAAGGUCAAACCGAAACAGUCAUUAAGUUUUUUUAGAACCUGAUUUAAGGGUGAUUUAUAUUGAUUUGGCAAAACUACAGUGAGGACCUGAUCCAUUGGCAAAAAACAUACCCUAUUGUAUCCGGGAAGUAUCAAAAAAUGUGGUAAAAUGCCUCCCUCUUCAUGUGAAAAAACUCCGUUUUGAAAGUUCCCUCACAAAAAGAGAGAGCGCGCUUUUGAAAUCGGACGUUCAGAGGGAGGCAUUUUACACAUUUUUUGAUACUUUCCGGAUGCAAAAUGGUACGUUUUUGCCACUGGAUCAGGUUCACCACUGUACAAACUGAAAAGUUAGACUGACCCUCAAUUAAAGGCUAUGCAGUUUUUCCCGGAAUCUAUGGCCUUUUAAGACCAUAGCUAAAUUCAUCUUCUUCAGUGGCGACCCUGAUCCAGUGGCAAAAAACAUAUCAUUUUGUGUCCGGGAAGUAUCAAAACCGUGGCAAAAUACCUUCCUCUCCAAGUGAAAAGACUCCAAUUUCCAAAGUGCGCCCGCUUUUUUGUGAGGCGCGCUUUUGAAAUCGGAGUUUUUUUCACCUGGAGAAGGAGGCAUUGUGCUACAUUUUUUGAUACUUCUCGAAUGCAAAAUGAUACGUUUCUUGCCACUGGAUCAGGCCGCCACUGUAAAUCUACGUACAAAAUUUUGAUCCUUCGGAAAGCCGAUUUCUUUUUGACUACUAGAAAAUUUUCAAAAACACGUACUGCGUAAUACACCUCUCUUUGACCCUUGCCACUCAUCUCCUCUGCAGGUUUUCUUCUACCGUGAGUUGUGUCCCGUUUGCUUCUCCCCCUUGGCUUUCGUAGGAAUAGAAAACUUUGAGCUUUCGAAAUAGACUACUUUUCGCUUCACUGCAACACUUGCUGUUUUGGAUUUUUUUGCUUGCACUUUGAGCCGCUUUAUAGCCAAAAAAUGUGGUCCAGGAUCGCUUGGAUCACAAAAGAUUAGCUGUUAUAUUAUACUAGACAUGCAUAACUCCACAUGGCUAAAAUGCACCAAGAACUAAUAAACAGUAGAGAAAAACUAAUUUAUUAAUAAAAUAGAAGGCACGCAAAUUAAAGUAGCACAAAGCAUUUCCAAUAACCGUCACGGAUUUUGGUAAUAAUCGAUGUUUUAUAUUGUACUAGACAAGUAAUGUGCUGAUUUUUUGAUUUUUUGAUGGGAAUGGAACUUAAAUCGGUUCUUUUCAGUUUUAAAUGUGUUUUUCAGAGAGAUAGGACCCAAUGAAGAUUACGCACCAUGCUUUAAAAUGUUUUAUAUUCGAUAUCAGCACAUUAUUUGAGCUAAACUUGCCCUAAUAUCACCGAAAUUCCGCGCUUUUUGCCCUAACACAAACCCACCGAAUCAUGUUCGAAUAACCUCCGAAUCUGAAGUGACUAUUAAUCCAAGACCUCUGUCCUCUAAUCCUCCUCCUAACCCACCCGAAACGAGCGGCCUCAAACACUCAGCGAACCCAAUUUUAGAGCCGGUCGAGCAGUCGGUCGCGGGUCAGGCCGAGCCCCAGCCCAUCGUGGAGGCGGUCGAGACCAUCCGCCACGAACCCCAACACCAUCAUCACGAGGCGCUGGAGGAGUCGAUUACAACCGAAUCCGGACACGAAUCCAGUCCCGCCGUCCAGUCCGAGCCCGAACCUCAUCAGACCGACGAAGGUAGAGAGUCGGCCGAUUAAAACUCGAAAAAAUUGAAGGGAAAUGUGGGAAAAUGGGGAAAGAUUUAUACGAAACUGAAAGAGUAUACUGUACCGGAUAUUUUAAGACCAAAUUUGGGACCGUGGAUUACUGUAACAUCUCUGGAAACAAGGUUUUUUCGAAAAGACCGGAGGUUUUGAGUGAGAGUUAGGAAAACGAUCGAAAGUAGUCAUAAAGAUGUCAAUUUAAUGUUGUAAAUGGUACUAUGUUGAAGACAAAUGAGUAUUCUUUAUGGAUACGAUAGCUAUGCCAUGUGAAAUAUUCAUUUUUAGGCCGAAAAAUAGGGUUUUCCUCGGUUUAUCGCUCAUUUUCGCCAAAAAUCAUCAAAUUUUUCCGGUACAGUAAUCUUUUCACCUCUAAAAAUUCCAAAAAUUUCAUUUUGAAAAUACUUCCAAUUCCACUGGGAACCGCACUCUAUUUCCCUCUCAUUUUUCCACGCAAAUUUGGGAUUUGGCCAAAAAUUUUCCCACCAUUUUUCUCCCGCCCUCCGGGCUUCAAAAAUCCGAUAAUUUAAAAUAUUUAAACGACCAUUUCUACCACCAUCACAACAGCCCACCGAUAAUAUAUUCGUUGUUGUUUUUUCUAGUCUACAGUGCACAGACUUGCGCACUCUCGCACCGUGCGAACGGCGCGGCCGAAAAAUUGUGUUUCCCCCCGCGGCGGGGAAUGGAGAAAAAUCUGAGUUUCGUGUGUCGGAGUGGGCGCCAUUUUCAGUUCGGUUUGACGGUUUGGUUGAAUGAAAUUUUAGUUCCUUGAACCUCUGGCUAGUUCUUCCUUUUUCAACCGCACCGUGCGGUCUGUGCACUGUGCUGCCUUUUUAUUUUCGAUUUUUCCGGCGGUUUCGCGAUGAUUCUUGGGUUGGAAGGGAUGUUUGACAAUAGGAUACUCUUUAUAGUACUAUCUACAGUACUUUUUUUGCUCAUUGAUAUCGAUUAUAAUCAAUUUUUUGACCAUUUUUCGGAAUUUUUUGCCCGUUUUUUCGAAAAUAGCAGAUUUUUUCCAUUUUUUAAAUCAAUUUAUGCAAAUUUCACUAUAAAGAUUUUAAUUUUCUUACUGUAAAAAAAGCCACAGACUCCUCCUCUACCCAAAAAUCAUCACCAACCCCUUUGUUGCCCUCUAUGUUCCUUCCAAUUGCCAUUAUUUUGUAGACUAACAGUUUUUUCCGCCAUUUCCAAGGCAAUUUGAAUAGCGCCCGAAAAACGGUAUGCAAAUUCGCCUGAACAUGACCCUCUUUGGACUAACACUCUAUUUUUGCAAUAGCCUCAUGUUUGUUGUAUUCUGGCAUCAUCCGACCAAGCUUGUGUAAUAUGUAAAUGAGAUGAAAUUUAUGUAAAUUAGUAAUAAAUUUUGGUUAAUUUGAAUAAGUUUUUAUCUCAUGUAGGAUGAAUAGGAUGUUACAGAUAUGAUUUUAGGAGUUUUAGAGCUUGUAAUUUCGCAUUUUAUGGAUAUCCGCCCAUUCAAGAAACAUUGAUGAUGAUUUUUCCGGGAAAAAAUUAGAUUUGAGGUGCUGAAGGCUUGCUUUGUACAAUCUAAAAUAUUGAUUGCUAUUUUCAUGGUGUUCUUGCGGUAUUCUGAGCUUGAAGCGACCAAUAAGCUCAAAAUAACAUUGCUUUUCAACAUUACUUUACCGAAAUUUCCUUCUACAGAGGUGUUUUGAUUGAACAGGAUUUUGACGAUGAUUUUCUGAACUGGGGUUGAUAGAUGUGGCUUCUCCGGAGUAUCUGCUUCUUCUUUUACCCAGAGGCAAAGAAAUUUUGUCGUCGAAAUGAGCUGUCGAAAGGUUAUUGGCAAAUUUAUGACGUCAUCAUCAUCAUAUGUGGUGAUGUUUGAACCGCUUUAUCUUUCUUUCAAAACAAUCAAACACCAAAAACAAUAGUUGAAAUCGGCUGCAGAUGACUUGGAAAUACUAUAAAAAACAAUUUUUCAUUCCCGAUACAUCUGACGAGAGAUUUUUUGGGACGUGAAGAAACUUGGGACUCAAAAAAGAACACAAUUAGCGAAGAUCAGGCCCUCCGGCGCUUUCCGAACAGUUGCACCGAAAACGCUGACGAUUAUUAGAAGCGGUCCGUCCGAUUUUUCAAACGUGCCUGCGGCGUUUUGCCAAGAGAUCCUCCGACUUUUCGGUCAUGUGUUGAUUAUUCGGAGUUUGACGGGCGUUCAUGCUUUCGUGUCACCGGAAGUUGUCGUUUUUCCGCGGAUAUGAGGUUUGUGUUUAUGGCCUUUGCCCUCGACAAUUAGCUGGAUUUCCGGGGGAUUUCUUCGGUUUCUUGUGAGUUCCGGGAGGCGCCCUCUGUUUUUCAACGGUUAUCGAAAAGACUCCCUCGUUUUCAAUGGUUUUAUUGUCUGGGAAAAGGGAACUUCUGUUCGUUUAUCUGGUGACAUGUUUCCUUCUGGUUAUUGGGCCCUAAACCCUGAUUAAUUAACUGGAUUUAUUGCAAAUGCGGUUCGUGUCCUUCAAAAACGUCGAUUUCACGGAUUUUUUGAGGAAAACUCAAGAAAUUUGAGUUUCGUUCUCCUUUAUCCUGAGGGCUUCCGGUUUUAUAUUAUGUAGGACCUUAUAACAGACUUAGUCGCAUAAAAUUUGAUUGAUUUUAUGAGGCCAGCAUUCGAUUAAACGGCCCAAUAUGCGGUUUCAAGUUGAUUUUUCGCUGAUUUUUCUGUUUUCACUUAGCCAUGCCCUUAGGGCUGAUGGAAUUUAUUAGAGGGUUAAGUGAUUGAAGUAAUCGUUAUAUGGAUUUGUUAUAUCGAGGAUUUCACGGCUCUAAAAUUGAGGUUUUAGUAGGCCAUGUCGAUAGUUCAUGGCGGUCUCUUGGCUGAUGGACAGACUUUGGUUGCCGGCUUCAUUGCUGGAAUUCUGAAGCACGAAUUGGUGGAUAGUCAUGAUAGUAAGAAAGAAGAGACCUCCGAGAACGUCAAGUUGUCUGGAGUUGAGGUUCAAGCUGAAGAGCAAGUAGAUAAACACGGUCAACUUCAAGCCGACCAAAAUGAAGAGGCCUAUGAAAAAGUGGAAAAAGCGGUUGAAGAACAGCAAGAACAACAUGCUCAAUUUACAUUCAGAGAAAGUCAAAGUCCUAGGAAAGACAAUCAAGCAGCUGGUAGGACAGUAGAAUCGCCUCAGACAACGGGAGAGGCUGAGAAUUUUCGGAAACGCCGAACUUCUUCAAUUGAUCUCCCGGCGACCCCAAAGCUUUAUCAACCACCAAGUCUGGACGAGCUAAUGGAACAGUUGAGUGCCGCUGAUCCUCCACCACAACAUGAAGCACCAUUUCCGACCACUGAAGUUGAACAUGAUCACGCUGCAGAAGUGGAAGAUCCAAGACUCUUGAAUCUAGUGAUUGGUGAACCCGGAAUCCCAAAUGAUGACGCUGACCCCAUUCAGAAUCUCAUCUUGGCAACGGAUCUAGGCGAAGUGGACACUGGAGAUUUUUGUUUCGAAGCUUCGGAAGCACAAGACCUCUCCACUUUUGAUAAGGAAGCAGUGCUGGACGAGAGUAUCAGGCUGAAUUCUACGUAUAUUGUUGAAGGAGUCCUUGCUGACGGCUAUCCUCUGAUUUCGGGGCUGACUUUUGGUCCUAGUGACUUGGAAGCAGGUCAUGCAAAAGUAGAGCAAGCUGGCUUUGAAGAGCCAAUUGCAAAGGAGGGUGAAGUGCCCGUCAAAGCCGUUGAAUCUGAAAAGCCUUUGGAAGUUUUAGAAUCAUCUGAGAAGCCAUCAGAAGAGGUUGACGCCCUUCUGGCCGCGUAUGACUAUAAGCCAACCGAGUCUUCACCCGCACCUCUGGCUCCAGUUCAUUCUCAAGACUUUUCAAAUGAAAUUCAAUCAGAAUCCGGAGUUCAUGAAGCUGAAAUCUCUGCUCAGGUUCACGGCGAAGAAUAUCCAAAGGCUUUGGAAGCCAUUAAAAUUGUAGACGAGCAAGAAAAAGAGUUGUCUUCCGCGCCAAAUGACCCAGAAGACGAAGAUGAACUUGUUGCUGCAGGCGAAGAAGCGCCACAUAUUCAUCGUUUAGUUGUGGAUCCUGUUGGGGACGCACUAAGUGAGUUUGGAUCCAAUACUUCGCUGAAAUCUUUUGAUCCAAACCAGACUGGCGCCGGAACUCCUCCAGAGCUGGUUACAGCCUCAGGAAUUGCGGAAGGAAUCAAAUUUCAUGCUACUACAAAGCUGAAUGAAUACGUGAUUGUCGGAGGUCUGCAGACAGAUGGGCUUCCGUUAAUUCAGGGGAUUCAGAGCGCCCCCACAGCAUCAGGCGAGAUCAAGGAGAUAAAACAUGUGAAUCCCGAGAAAAUUGAGGAGAAAACAGAAGAGAAACAAGAGAAUCCACAGGGAAAUAAAGAUGAAAAUAAUGAUGAGACAACUGUAACGGAGACCACCGAAGAAUUUCACACCGCUCAAGAGUCUCUCGGAGAUACGGUUGUGGAAGAAGAGGGAUUUGUAAAGCUGAUUUCAACAAAAUCCGAGAGCCGGGACGGCCAACAAGCACACGUACAACUACAUGAGACAACGCCGGUAAAUGCCGAGGAUAUUCAAAUCAAAUUAAAACAGUAUGACAACAAGGCUGACAGUAAAGUUGAGCCUGACCUUAGCCAUGCCUCGAUGGUUCAUAAGUCGCGUAGCAUUCCGAUUAUUAUUGAGGAAGGCAUCGACAAGAAGCAGGAGGCCCCUCAAGAAGUUGGAGAGCUCAAAAAGAAUGUUCAAAGCGAAGAAGAUCUCAGCGAAAUCAAAAUUCGUCGAGAGAGCGCGCCGAACGGAGAGAAGGCUCGACAAGAGCGACGCGUUGUAAUAGAGCCGCUGGAGCGAUGGGCCUCGGAGGAAGACCUGCGGGCCGUCGGCACUGAUCAAUCCGGCCAGGUGCCGGAAAAAGAGCCCAUUCAAUUCGGGGAGCGCCCAGCCACACAAAGGGCCGACGAAGGGAACGUGGCCGUUUUGAAUGGCCAACAGCCCACACCCACCUUGCCGUCGGGUCAAAACCAUUCCGAGCGUGUUAUUCCAAUUCUAAUUCAGUCCGAGAGCACUGUGCCACCGGCUCGAGAUCGUACUGAGCAAACUGUCCGCACUGUGCAGCCAGAAUUUUCUACUGUAAAAUUAUCGGAGCCUGAGGGAAGAGAGAGCGAUUCUGGACUAUACAAAUUUCCUACUGGACCUACUGAUCAAACCGAACGAGUUAUUACUACGACUGUAAUCCAGAACACUCAAAUUCGACCGGAAGAAGAGAAUCGCCGCACUGUGCAAAAUUUCGAUAGCCGCACAAGCGAAGGUGAGCGCAACGUUCCGAUCAAGAUCGUCCCUGCAGUGAAUGCUUCAACUUUAGUCGUUGAUCUACCAUCCCCAAGUCAGGAAAGUGGAUUCCAUUCGACCAACGUGGUCAGUCCAGCUCCAGCAACUGAGCCAUCGUCGAUAAUCAGCUCGAUUCUCAGAAAUCUCAAAGAGCUGAAAAUGACCGACAAACCGAAAUACGACAAUAUUGUGGAGCGCUUGAGACAACUCGAAGAGGAGAUGCGGCUUCAAAACACGGGAGUCCCGCCAGACGCCCAGCUCACCGAGUUGGUCGGCAAAAUCCUCCAAUCCGAGUAUCCGCACAGUGAUCUGCAGAUUGUGGUGUCCGCCUCGAGGAAAAGCACCUCGCAUACGCAGUUCUACGAGACCGAGACGCCGGGUAUGGUGGGGUUGGCGCCCGAUCAACUCCGCGAACUCCAAACCAAGCUCAUGGACAAAAUCAGUGGGUCUUUCCGAGUUGGUUUUCGUUCCAAAGUUUAGGGAAUUUGUUCAAAAAGCGGUGACUAACUUAAUUGUUUAUUGGUAACCUGUGUCCUCGUUGAUUUAGAAGUGACGGUGAAGGUAGUCUUACUGUAAUUUUUUGAGGGUUUUUGGAGCUAACUUUUUUGAGAGUCGUCCUAACUUUGAAUGGUUUUUUUGUUCUGGAAUGAUUUUGAAGUUAGAAUCUUUAGUCAUCAAGGCUUUCUAGGAGUGAUAUUCUUUAAUUUGAUGUAUAAUUCAUCAACUACGUGUUACAGUAACUAUUACUUUUUAACGGUUUUUUACAACCACUUAUAUUUGUUUGAACGUUUGAAGUGAAACCCAUUUUUUAACCAUUUCUUUGAAGGUUACCUCAGUUUUAAUUUGCCUUAAAAAGCUACUACUACUUCUGACUCCUAACCUUUGCCAUCUAUGUCUAACAUCUAACACAACAUUAACACGAUGCCUUGCUUUCUCUAAUUUUCCGUUGCUUGCCACUCACCAAACUGCUUUCCACCUAUAUUUUUUUUAUUUCGUAUUGUGUUUGUGGCACUAACAUGCUCACUAUAGGCUAUCUAGCAACACUCUUUACUGUAAAAAACUUAACAUUUUGGGCAAAACUUGCGAAAAUAACAUUUUUUUUGGUUUUUAUAUCAAAAAUUAAAAGUUUUGAGGCGAAUUUCUAACAUUUUACAAAUUGAUUGGUACUAAAAGUAGUGUGAGAGAUCUGUGUCCCCCCGGUAGAUGUUUUACUGACCUCCCGCUUGAUGAGUUUUUUUUAUGAGAAUAUGAUUUGCACUGUGCCCAACCUCGGAACCAGAAAUAUCGCACCCGUUUUUUGCAGGCGGACGAAACGACUACGGUAAAAAUGUGGACGCCAAGGAUCAGCCAGGUAAAUCAGCAUCUGCCAUGUUUUGUGACCCUGAGGAAUCUCGGCCCUUAGGGGGAAUAGGAGUGUUAUAAAAAAGGAAAUUUCCUAACGUCAUUUUUGAUGGGGCUUGGGCGAAAAAUAGCUAUUUUUUGCAAAAUGACGGGUUCGUACUGUAACAAAAUUACAGUAUGUGAUAGAACAGAGCUUGAGCUUCAAAGUGAUACCACAUUUACCCCGGCCGAUUCUUAAUUCUCAUGGUAUAGAUGAUCUGAAACGCCGCGACGCCAACGAAGAAGGCUGGACCAACGAGGAUGGCACGGAAAGUGUUCACAAACGCACCGUCCGACAAAUCACCACAACCGAGUCGUCCGUCAAAGGUACCAAUCGCUACAUGCUUGAGGUUUUUUGUGUUGCGCAACUCGCACAUAAGUUGCGCGAGGUUUUUGUUAUCCAGAGAAAAUUUUGAUGGGCCUUUAAUCAAACCGUAUUUUUACCAUGUAAAACGUAUCGAGACAUAUCGAAUAUGAUAUCAGAAUGUUCAGCAGGGCAUGCUGAUGAUAUUGCAUAUCAAAAGCAUUCCGUUACAAGGUUUAUUUUUCAGCUACGACGUCAAAAACUAAUCGUAUUUUUGGUUAGCUUUGUUUGGACGGAUCCGUUAAAAUUUCAGUUGAUAAAUGUGCUAGAUAGAAACAUGCCAUAGAAGGUGGUAGAAUAGAUCAUAGUAGUGCGAGGUGUAUGUAGAAUUCGUGUGCAGUGUUCGUACAGUGAUCGUACAGCACUAGUUUUUGUGUUGAUCUCUUUCCAUCCCUCUUUCUCUUUCUUUUCCCAAUAACGCUUCAGCUAUCUGUCAAUCCAUUUUCAUCUGUCGAUUAGUUUAUACUAACUGUUUCAUUGGUAGACUAGAAUCAUCGUCGUGAUCUCAUUUUUACUGUCUUUAUAAAAUACUCCUUAUAAUUUUGAAAACGAAUUCUGAUGUUAGAAGGGUAUUAUCUAUCAAAAUCACCGUUAGCUAUGGCUGUCAUUGGUCUGAUAUUUAAGAGCCAAGAUUUCUAUGAAUUUUAGGCGACAUUAGAUAUACGUAUCCACCUCAAAAAAGCAAAAAAAUUGCAAAAUUUCCACUUUUUUUGACACUUGAUGGCCCAAGAUGUAUAGUCUAAUAUUUCUUAGACUGUAUGAGCAAUCCAUCAAAUUCCUUGCUCUCCUGAAGCCUUAAGGCAAGUAGUUUUUUUCUAUCUGUGUUUCCUUGGCCAUUUGUUUCGGCCAAAAGAAAAACGAGCCUUUCUUUUUCGGCCGAGAGAAUCAUCGGAAUUUGUGGAAGAAAGGGAAUAAAAGCCCCCAAAGCAGCUCAAUUAAUUGCCCGGGGGUUAAAAAUAGGUGAUAAACAGAUCAUUAGAGGGGGAUUAGAUGAGAUGGAGGAGAGAUAGGCAGGAGAUAAAUGGGCGAUUAGGGAGGAAAUAGAGUUUAAGAGAGCAGAGGGGGAUGACUCAUAAGAAAGGUAGAGAUAGAGGAAACAUAGAUGGGAAAGAUUAGGGUUAUAGUGUUAAUAUGUGUAUAGUAUCCCAAUAACAUUGUAGUUAGGAAAUCGGGGUUGUAAGCUAUCCAGAAUGGAUGAAUUUGCAAUUUUUUGCGAAUUUAACCCAAUUUUCGGCAAAAGUUUCGAAAAAAUCCAGUUUUUGUUCAAAUUCAGAUAAAAUUUCAUUGUAAAAUGUAUAAUAAAACAAUCUACAGUCAUUAUAAAGUUAACUUAAACUUUAUUCCGGUCUUUAUCCAGUCAAAAAUCCCCUUAAAAUACGAAAAAUCUAAUUUUGUCUCCCCACAACAGGCCAAAUCUCAAAAUUUGCCGGAAUCCGAGGGAAAAGAGUGCGAUUCUCAUUGGAAAUCGAAUAAAAUUAUCGGAAUUACUUUUGCCAAAAGUAAUUUCGAUGAGUUUUUAUUCGAACAAUGAGUAAUCCCUCUGUUUUCAGUGAACGGCGAUUAAAAUAAUCCGAAAAAACAAUCUUUUUUGCCAUGCAGUGGAGAACUGUAAUCUACGCAACGAGCCAUCUUCUUUUCGCUCUCAUCAAAGAAGAUUUACGAACAUUUGUUUGCUUAUAUUUUGUAUAAUUUUGAAGUUUUGUGUUGUCUGCAAUUACUGUAAUGUUUUUGUGUUGUCAGGUGAUUUGGAGGUAAAGGAAGGUGCUUUUCGUUAAUUUUUUGAUACUAAAUAGAAUUUUUAGGGUAUAAAAACACUUUUCACUCAUUUCCAUUUUAUUUCCGGGCUUUUCGAUCCGAGAGGAACACUUGACCCAAAUUUGGGUCAAGUGUUUCUCUCACUGGUUUUUGACGGGAAAUGGGUCUAUAUUCAAUUUUAGCAGUUAACACCUUCCAUUUACAGUGUAAAUCACAAAUUUUCAUUAUUCUUCCAGCGUCCAAAAAUCUAUUUCACUGCCAAAUUAUUCAAAAAUCCGCCAAAACAAAGAAAAAAUCAAAAAAUCUCAAUUAGCAACAGGAAAAACGCAAGAAACUAGUCCAAUUAGGCUUAGUUCAAGUUUAGAAAACUCAAGGACAAACGAUAGUUGAGAAAUUCUACUUUUUAAAUCUUUGAAAUUUUCAAUUUUUCGAAAUUUUUCGAAAUAAAAGCAUAAUUAAGGCUUCGACAGCUUUCAAAUCCGUUUUUGCAUAAACUUAGAGCCACUGAAAAUAAUUUUAGACGAUUUUGUUAAAAUUUUUUUGCCAAAAAAGUGCUUGAAAUUUCCAUUUUUUCGAAUUCUAAACCUCGUUUGUUUUUCAAAUAGCUCCAUUACAAAGAGUUUAUAUAACCUCUACUCGCUUCUUGUCCUGUAAUUUCGUCCUCAGUACCGUAUGUGUUUUUUCUCAGGAUUGUACGUUUUGCUAUGUAAUCUAUGACAAAAAAAAUUUUUUUUAAUUUGAAGAAAAAUAAAUUUUGUAACGGAAAAUGAAGAGAUGAAAAGAAAAACUUGUUUUUAAAAUGAAUUUAAAGCUAAAAUACGGGCAUUUUAAUGGUAAGUUUUUUCGAAUUGUAAAAUAAUAUUCUUUUACACUAAUUCUGGUAAGUUUUACAUGGUAAAAUACGAGGAUAUCUAUCUUGAAAAUCGAAUUUUUUUAUUUUUUUUUCAAUGGAAGAAAAAAAAAAUAAAUUUUUUUUUCAAAUUAAAAAUUUUUUUCUCUCCUGGACAACAAGAACAGCACAAAAAUCCUCAUUUUUAUUUGUAAACCCCCUCUCUCACCUCCUAAUCAUUAAAUUUCCAGGAGUUGGCGACCACCCCCAACCCAAUGGUAAGUCUCCAACUAACUUGUCGACCAUUUGAAGUGGACUAAACUAAGAAAAUCACAACUUUUUAUUUGAGGCGGAUCGGGUAUCGGGCCAAUAUUUUAUACCCAAUAUUGCAAAAUGGGCUGACUAACAAGGCCAAAGGGUUAUUCUGUGUUCAGGCAUACCGUAGGAUGGGUCGCUUAUGGUCAAGCUUACGAUUUUUUUAAUCCAGGUCGUGACCAAGCACGGCAUUCUGUACUUUUGGGACACAACCGGUCUCCAUGAUUUUUUUCUAUUUUUUCAAAGUAGACCUCCUUCUUUAAUACAUUGCUCGCUAGCCGUUGAAGCUAGAGACUUGAAAAUUGGCAUGGGUAUAGAGUAAAUGUUCCGCUUCCAGAAUAUAUAAAUAUUGUAAUGAACCCCGCGCUGUAAGCUCCACAAUAAGAUGCGAAAAUAUUUCAUUCUUAAAACUUCUUGCACCUAAAAGGUCAUUAUGCAAGAUCGAAAUGACAAAUUUUAAAAUGCUGAUGUGUGCAGAAUUUUUUUUCUCUAUCAGAUACUUAAAUUUCGUGGAGUUGUAUACGAAAAUGGCUGUGCUACGUACGAAAAACUGAGUUUCAUAGUGUGUUUUUUUGAAAUUUUUGGAAUAUCUCUGCCCUCAGGGCACAGAUAAAUGAAGUUCCGACUCACGUUUGUUGCCGAUGAUGACAUAUGUAGCCUUGCCAAAUUACAAUGUUAUAUCUCCAAAAUCACGGGAGCUAUUCGCUUUUCAACUUUUUUUAUCAAAAAUGGGCUUCAGCCCAUCUUUGUGGGGGGAUAGUGAAGGUAGCGACUUGAAACUUGGCACUAUGGUAGUCUAUUUUGUUCCCAAUAGCACCCGUAUGAUCAAUUUGCUCAGUUCCGCUUGUUGCCCUGAGGGCGAUUUUUUUCGCACGGUGCACCAAAAAUCGACCGAAAUUUCCGGCCGCCCUGGCGGCCGUAAUUUUAAAGAUACGAAGAAGAUGUAAGCGGGUAAUUUGUAGAGCUCUUCGAGCUCUACAAUCCAUAGUUGGACAUUCUUGACAUCGUUGUUGUACAUCAGUGAGAAAAAAAGUUGAAAAGCGAAUAGCUCCCUUGAUUUUGAAGAUAUAACAUUGUAAUUUGGCAAGGCUACAUAUGUCAUCAUCGGCAACAAACGUGAGUCGGAACUUCAUUUAUCUGUGCCCUGAGGGCAGAGAUAUUCCAAAAAUUUCAAAAAAACACACUAUGAAACUCAGUUUUUCGUACGUAGCACAGCCAUUUUCGUAUACAACUCCACGAAAUUUAAGUAUCUGAUAGAAAAAAAAUUCUGCACACAUCAGCAUUUUAAAAUUUGUCAUUUCGAUCUUGCAUAAUGACCUUUUAGGUGCAAGAAGUUUUAAGAAUGAAAUAUUUUCGCAUCUUAUUGUGGAGCUUACAGCGCGGGGUUCAUUACAAUAUUUAUAUAUUCUGGAAGCGGAACAUUUACUCUAUACCCAUGCCAAUUUUCAAGUCUCUAGCUUCAACGGCUAGCGAGCAAUGUAUUAAAGAAGGAGGUCUACUUUGAAAAAAUAGAAAAAAAUCAUGGAGACCGGUUGUGUCCCAAAAGUACAGAAUGCCGUGCCAAGGUCAAGGUGGUUGCCUGAAAAAUACCCGAAAACGGUCUGAAUGCUUGGUUAUGAUGGUCAAGACACUUUCUAUAGGUGAGAUCGUCAUCAACCUCACGACCUACAUGUAGGUCGUGAGCUGGUUCACGAUUAAUGUACAAAAUCCUCUGAAAAUAAUGCUACUGCACUUGUUCCAGACGGUUUUGGCACUUCAGUUACAGUGGCAAAAAACGUACCAUUUUGCAUGAAGGAAGUAUCAAAAAAUAUGGCAAAAUACCUCCCUCUGCAAGGGAAGAAACUCAGAUUUCAAAAUCGCGCCCCUCUUUUUGUGAGGAAUAAUGGCGCGACGAAGUUUUUUCACUUGGAGAGUAAAGCGUUUUGCCACAUUUUUGAUACUUCCCAGAUGAAAAUGGUACCUUUUUUGCCACUGUAGAUCAGGUCACAACCACACUGACUGUGGUCACGACCUAGGUCGCGAGUUUGAUCGUUAGCAUUCCUACUGUAUGAACGAACACAGAGUAACCCCUUUGGCCAGCUAGUCAACCAAUUUUGCCCCAUUGGAUAUAAACAUUGGCCCCAUAGCCGAUCCGCCUCAAACGAAGUUAUAGCCAAGAAAGGCUAAUGGAUUGAAAUUUUGAAUCUUACAACCUAAUGACCAAGUUGUGGCUGUGAUUUUGUGGAGAUUACUGUAUUUGUAGAGUGAUGGAGAUGUUGUGAUGAUGAUCGUAUUUGGAUGACUCACCCCUCGUUUGCACUUGAGUUUACUUUUUGUUGAUUUUUUGUUCGGAUUUGCUUUGAUUUUUAGUUAUUGGUAUUUUUGUUUGUAACUUUGGGGUUUUUCUCCUAAUUUUUGAGAUCUUUUGGUUCAAAUGUUGGUAUUGUGAAUUGUCAUCAUGUCAUACACAGUUUAUAUUCUGUCUUUGUCAAACUGCGGCCAGGCUGUUUGGAAAUUUUUAGCGAUUUUUUGGCGAACUUUUUUGGAAAAAGCGAAAAUUUCAAAAAAAAAAUUUUUAUGAUUUACCAAGAUUUAUUGCCAAAGUCAUACCUGAAAUGUCAAAAGCCCUGUUCGUUGUCGACUUGUCAGUCCUGUAAUUCAUAAUGCAGUCCGACUUUGUUGAGUUUUUGAGAUUUUUUGCGGUUUUAACUCAAGUAACUCCAAACGUAAUGGAUGGAAAUUUUUUGGCAAUAACUUUGCUCGCAGUCGAUCAAUCUGGUUGUUUUUUGGCUUUGUCAUACCUGAUCCUCUGUAGAUAACUAUGUUAGUUUAUUUUCGGGAUGUAUUUCAAAGUGACAUAGCUAUCUCAAUUUUUUUUGGACAUCAGAUUUAGCCUAAAACCAGGUGGUGAUAUUGUGGCCAUAAAAUUUUUGUCUUUGCUCUGGCUAUGGCCAAAUUUUAGCUACACAACAAGCAGCCUAGAUUCUAUUUGCAAGCCAAAAAUUAUAACUAAAGCGCAACUUAGACUAGAGUUAUCGCCCAAUCUUACCCAUCACAAAUUUUGACCAAAUAGUUUUUCCGAAAAUCCUAAAUUCUUUGCCUGUAGUGUCUAACCCGCGUUCCUAACCCUCAAAAAACAUUGGGUUAUUCCGAAUUGCAGGCGAGUUCAUUCGUUUGAAAGUCAACGAACAGGUGUACGACGGUCAAUCGGACCCGAAAACGCACCGGAUCCGGCUGAUCCCCAUCCAAAGGAUCCCUGUCAAGUACUUCUAA